AUGGUCAAGUCAUUCGAGGUGUCGCCGGAGAACCCAGUGCGUGCCGCCAAGUUUGUGGCCAGGAAGCAAUGGGUGGUGACUGGCAGCGAUGACACCAACAUGCGUGUCUACAACUACAACACGAUGGAGAAGGUCAAGACGAUUGAGGCGCACGCCGACUAUAUCAGAUGCAUCGUCGUCCAUCCCACCCAGCCCUACGUGAUCACAAGCAGUGACGACAUGUCCAUCAAGCUGUGGGAUUGGGAGCGCGGCUGGGCCAACAUCCAGGUGUUUGAGGGACACAGCCAUUAUGUCAUGAGCAUCGCCAUCAACCCCAAGGACACCAAUGUCUUUGCCACGGCUUCCCUGGACAAGACCAUCAAGGUCUGGGGACUGACCACAUCCACUCCUCACUUCACCCUCGAGGGGCACGAGAAGGGAGUCAACAGCGUUGAAUACUUUAUGGGUGGAGAGAAGCCAUACCUUGUCUCUGGUGCUGAUGACAAGACUGUCAAGAUUUGGGACUAUCAAUCAAAGACAUGUGUCCAGACAUUGGAGGGACAUAGUAACAAUGUGUCGGUGGUUUGCUUCCACCCUGAGCUGCCACUGAUCGUGUCUGGAUCGGAGGACGGCACUGUCAAGUUGUGGCACGCAAGCACCUAUCGUCUGGAGAAGACACUCAACUAUGGAAUGGGUCACGUCUGGGCGAUGAACUUUAUUCGUGGCAGCAACUUCAUCGGUCUAGGCUACGACGACGGUACGGUCGUCUUGAAGCUCGGCAAGAACAAGCCACCCGCUUCCAUGGACCAGGGUGGCAAGAUCAUCUGGGCACGUCACAACGAGAUCCAGAUCGCCAACCUCAAGUCCACAUUCGACACUGAGGUUCAAGAUGGUGAGAAGCUGACCUCUCUACAGGUGAAGGACCUCGGCAACUGUGAGAUCUUCCCACAGAAGCUGCAUCACAACAGCAACGGACGUUUUGUCUCUGUCUGUGGUGAUGGUGAGUUCAUCAUCUACACUGCGCUCGCCUGGAGAAACAAGUCAUUCGGCUCAGCACUCGAGUUUGUUUGGUCUGGCGUCGACUCUGGACAGUACGGAGUAAGAGAGAGCACAUCAAGAGUCAAGGUGUUCAAGAACUUCAAGGAGACACACAACUUCAAGCCAUCAUUCUCGGCGGAGGGCAUCUUUGGUGGAGCCCUGCUGGCCGUUAGAUCGACCAACUUUGUCUGCUUCUACGAUUGGGACACAUGUGAUGUCAUUCGCAGGAUCAAAGUUUGUCCAAAGAAUAUAUUCUGGUCAGAGGAUGGUGAGAUGUUGGCCGUCACUACCGAUACAUCUGCCUUUAUCCUCAAGUACAACAAGGACACUGUACAGAAGUAUCUGGAAUCAGGUCAACCGAUUGAGGAGGAGGGCAUUGAGGACGCAUUUGAUGUCAUCCACGAGAUCGAAGAGCGCAUUGGCACCGCAUGUUGGGUUGGCGACUGCUUCAUCUAUACCAACCACUCAAGCAAGCUCAACUACUGCGUUGGCACUGAAGUUGUAACAAUAUCGCAUCUCGAAAAGCAUAUGUAUCUCCUUGGAUACCUUCCAGAAACAGGCAAGCUCUAUCUGUCUGACAAGAACUUGAACAUUGUCAGCUACACACUGCACAUUGAUGUCAUUAACUACCAGACCGCUAUCUUGAGAGAGGACUUUGAUACUGCUACCAAGCUGCUGCCAAAGAUCCCACAGGACAAGAGGAACGCCAUUGCUCACUUUUUGGAGUCGCAAGGACACAAGGAGAUGGCCCUCGAGACAUCAAUGGACCUCGACCACAAGUUUGAGCUGGCCAUUCAGCUGGAGGACCUAAAGGUCGCACAUUCAAUCGCCUUGAAGUCCGAUUCAGAGCAGAAGUACAGACACCUUGCCGAUCUGGCGUUGACCAUUGGAGACAUUGCGCUGGCAGAGAACUGCAUGAAGAAGGCUGAGGACCUGCCAGGCCUGCUGCUGUUGUACACAUCGGUUGGCGACUUGAGGGGCAUGGUCGAGCUGGCCAAGCUCGCCGAGAAGAAGGGACAGACCAACAUCUGCUUCCUCUGCAAUCUGCUGGUGCCAGGCAACCUGAAGCAAUGUCUGGACAUCCUGUCCAACAGCGGCGCACACUCUGAGGCUGCACUGAUGUCGCGUACCUAUAUACCAAGCGAAGUGCCCACUGCCGUUGAGAGAUGGCGCGAGUCACUCAAGUCCAUCAGUCCAAAGAUUGCCGAGUCAUUGGCCAAUCCCACCGAAUACCCCAACCUUUUCCCUGGCUACGAGGCAGCAGUGGAGCGUGAGAAGUCCGUCCACUCGGCUAGAGACACUGCUGUACAAUCCGCAGCAGAUCUCCUCAACGAUCUUAACCUUUCAUCAUCCCCAGCCGUUGUCCCUCAACAGGUCAGCCCACCACAGCCAGCCGCUGCCGUAGUGGAGCCACCAAUGAAGGCCGCAUCACCAAUCAGCAGUGUCGAUCAGCUACUUGGAAACAUUCAGCCCUCCCCACCAACUGUUGCACCCACCAUCAGUGGCGAGUCGUCGCCUGGCAGCUCGAGCUUUGAGAACGUGCUGUCGACUCCUCCAAAGCAAGUGUCGCCACCCGCAACCACCCCUUCACCUGCUGUUGCACGUGCCCCACUGUCACUUGACAUGGACGAGGAGGACAUCCCACUUGACUCUGACGAAACUGCUGCCCCAAUUGACAACCAGAACAGUUUGAUCUAA